AUGCCCAUCGCCCCAUCCCCCGCUCAGUCCUGCUGGGGAGGGGACCCCAUUGUACGCCGCGAGCGACCGGGCGGGCAUGGACGCGGCGGUGGGGGACACGCGCGCUUCGCUCCACUCCGCGGGUGCCCCUGCUCUUCGGGUGGCCCAGACUGCAUCCAAGGGGGCGCGGCCAGGGAUCCCCAAUCUUUGGCGCGGCCGCGGUGCCUCCCUCGGAACGCUCCCUGCCAAACUUUGCAGCGCCCACUGCGCGCCGGGCCCGCGCCCCUGAGCUCGGUGCCGAGGCAGCGCCGGUCUCUGCGGGGAUGCGGGGACCUCGGUGGCGGGCGCGCAGUGGUAAGAGCCCCCAGCCCUGGGCGGCGCUCGCCGGGCUGGCUACAAAGCCUCGGCAAGAUGGUCCCUUCGCCUCCUCCUGGCACAGUCAAUCAGCGCCCGCCGCUCGCCCGGGCGCCCGCGGGGCCCCGCGUCCUCCCCAGCAGUGGCCGCCGGCCACACCUCCCCGCGGCCACCUGCGCCGGCACCGGCCCCCCAGGCAAACUUUUGCGACCGCGGGGCCGAGGAGGGGGGGCGACCUGGGGCCGCGGCGGCCGCUCCCCGCCCCCAUCCCCGCUCACCUUCCACGGCGGCUAG